AGGAACCAAAAACUAGCAUCAUGCAAAUGAGUUGUUCACAAAUAAAAAACCAUGGAAUCUAUUUCACAACAUACUCUUCAUAUUACUCUCCUACUCUUAUCUUUCUUUAUAUUCUUCUUCCUCCUCAAUCAUCGUAGAAAAAUCUCGGCCACCAAGCGCCGUCUUCCACCCGGACCAUCGGGAUGGCCCGUAUUUGGAAACAUGUUCCAAUUGGGAGAAAUGCCUCACCGCACACUCACAAAUCUAAGACAAAAAUAUGGUCCAAUUUUAUGGCUCAAAAUAGGUUCAAUAAACACUAUGGCAAUACUCUCAGCCAAAGAAGCCACAACAUUUUUCAAAAACCAUGACCAAAAUUUUUCAGACCGAACGGUAAUCGAAACUAUGCGUGUCCAUAAUUACAACAAAUCUUCCUUAGCUUUAGCUCCUUACGGAUCUUACUGGCGGCUCAUGCGCCGCCUAGUAACAGUCGAUAUGUUAGUUAUGAAACGCAUUAACGACAGCAUUUCGGUUCGUCGUAAAUGCGUAAAUGACAUGCUGACGUGGAUUAACAAAGAAGCAAAUGAGUUAGAACAUGGUCAUGGACUUCAUGUUUCACGUUUUAUUUUCUUCAUGAGUUUUAACUUGUUUGGAAAUUUAAUGUUGUCACGUGAUUUGUUUAAUAUGGAAUCUGAAAAUGGGUCUGAAUUUUUUGAUGCUGUUAUGGGGAUGAUGGAGUGGACAGGACAUGCUAAUGUGUCUGAUUUGUUUCCUUGGUUGAGGUGGUUGGACCCACAAGGAUUAAGGAGAAAAAUGGAUAGAGAUAUGGGAAAAGCGAUUAAAUUUGCUUCCACGUUUGUGAAAGAGCGUUUGGAGAAUGAGGUAGAGCAUGAUGAUGAGAAAUCAAGGGAUUUCUUGGAUGUCUUGCUUGAUUUCCAAAAAAAUGAGAACCAAGAAGCAGCUAAGAUCUCAGAUAAAGAUCUCAACAUUUUCAUCUUGGAAAUAUUCUUAGCUGGGGCAGAAACAACAAGUAGCACAAUUGAAUGGGCUAUGACGGAGCUUUUAAUCAACAAUGAUUGUAUGUCGAAGGUUAAAAUAGAGCUUAAUUCAGUAGUUGGGGCAAAAGAUGUUGAAGAGAGUGACAUAGACAAUCUUCCUUAUCUACAAGGUGUUGUUAAGGAAACAUUAAGGUUACAUCCUCCGAUUCCACUACUUGUCCCACGAAAAGCAGUACAAGACACGGAAUUCAUGGGAUACUUCAUACCGAAAGACACACAAGUUUUUGUGAAUACGUGGGCAAUUGGAAGAGAUCCAGAUGCUUGGGAUGAACCAUUGGUUUUUAAACCCGAAAGGUUUUGUGAUUGUGAUAGCAAGAGUUACAAGACCGAUUAUAAAGGACAACAUUACGAGUUUAUACCAUUUGGAGCUGGAAGAAGAAUGUGUGCGGGUGUGCCUUUGGCACAUAGAAUUCUUCACCUUGUUUUGGGAUCUUUGCUUCAUCGAUUUGAUUGGGAGCUUGAUAGCAAUGUUACACCUUUAACUAUGGACAUGAAAGAUAACCUUGGUAUAACCAUGCGAAAGUUUGAACCAUUGCUUGCUGUGCCCAAAUUAGUUGUUGGUUCUUAAAUUAAUCAUUAAUUUUUAAUGUUUUAUUGUAUAAAUAAAUGCUAUUGGCACAUUUUUGUGCUUGUAUAUCAAAAAAUGUGAUACUAUCCAUCUAUAUAUGAAUAUGAAAAUCUUCAAUUA